AUGGUGCUGGAAAGUGACGCUGCAGCAAGCAUUGGAGUCAUUGUCGGCCUGUUCAAGUCCCUGAAGACACCUCUCGUCUUCAUAGGCUCGGUCUCGGCUGUCGCCACAGUCUUCUCAGGGUUAUUAGGAGGCAUGGAUAUAUUGAGGCACCCCAUGCCCGGGAUCAUGUACGACACGAGUCUCCUGGGCGAUGACUCUCUGACCAAGCUUGAGGGCGGCGUCGACUUCAAGGCUUACUAUCCCGAGAACGCGAUCGCGCACGGCUGCUGGAAGGAAAGCCCCGAGAUACCCGACAAAGGCCACAAGACGAUAUCACUCUCAUCGGCGGCCCGUCGCGGUCUUCGGGAAGAUCAAUAUCACAUGGCUCAGUCUAACGUAAUGGACCGCCCUGACUGUCGGCAGCUCAAGCGAGUGACGGUGAAAGCGACCCUCCUAGUCGAAGUGUGGGACAAUGUUGACGCCGAAUGGGACAUUGGGCGCUGUGUCGCCCGGGGGGCAGCAGCUGUUGCAUGCGCGAGUCAAAAAUCUGUUCCUGUGGGACAAUUUACUGACUCAGCGGACAGCGAAUGGGUUAUGGAGCUUAAUGAUGACACCAUCGAGUCCUGCUUGAAGCUCCUCCCACCGGAGCAGAAGCCGAAGCUGCGGUGGCACGCCGAUGAUGGGCCAGAGCACACGUGGCAUGGCGACGAGUGGAACAGCUUCCCUAAACCUGACCUGUAUCGAGACCUGGACUACCACCUUACUGGCCCAGCAUACCCGCAGCCACCGCCGAACCUUAAACCUGUAGAGCGACGGGCCAACUCCCCAUAUUUGGAGCUCAAAUCCCUUUUUUCCGCGCAGCCACAUCCGGACGACCUGGACGACACCAUUGGGGAAGGCGCAAUGGUCCUGCAUAAACACAUGAGCACCGAUGCCAUUCUUAGAGCGAGGGCACUGCACACGGCCAUGUCGACCAUCAUGGACGCGCGGGCGCCGCCCAGCACGAGAUGGUUGUUCUUCAAACCCAAGACCGUAUCCAAGAUCGAGCUUGUGAAGUCGCUGCACGACCGCGUGGCAGAGGACUCCACUGAUCAUGAUAAGCGAGGUCUCGAAGCGCUGUCCACUGGUGCUGUGGUCAGAGCUGUUCGUGAGCGCCUGCAGGCUGGUAACGUAGGGGAGGAAGAGAUGCACUUGGCCGACUGGGUGAUCACGAGAGUUCGUGGUGGAGACGAUAAGUAG